AUGCAAGCUCAGGAAAUCUUGCGGAGCCUGCGGCUCCCCGAAUUCGAUGACCUCAGCCAGUUUUUCCGCAACCUGCCCACCACAGCGCUGGUGGGCAUCGGUGCCUUUGCGGCCGUCGUGGCCUACUGGUUUGCCAGCCGGCCCAAGGCUGUGAAGCCGCCCUGCGACCUGCGGAUGCAGUCGGAGGAGGUCGAGCGGCACUGUCAGGCGGUGCUGACGGCUGUGUCGUGUCGUGGUGCCAUGUCGUCUGUCACGCAGGGCCUGGAUGGGGCGCGCCGGUCGGUGAUCGGGGACAGCCCGCAGCUGCUGACGCACUACUACGACGAUGCCAGGACCAUGUACGAGGUCUUCAGGAGGGGAUUCAGCAUCUCCGAAAACGGCCCCUGCCUGGGGUUCAGGAAGCCCAAGCAGCCGUACCAGUGGCUGUCAUACAGAGAGGUGGCUGAAAGAGCAGAGGCUCUGGGCUCGGGGCUGCUGCAGCAGGGCUGCAAGCCAUCCACCAAGCAGUUCAUCGGCGUCUUUGCUCAAAACCGCCCAGAGUGGAUCAUUUCCGAGCUGGCUUGCUACACCUACUCCAUGGUGGUGGUUCCCCUCUAUGACACCUUGGGUCCCGGAGCCAUUCGUUACAUCGUCAACACAGCUGACAUUUCCACAGUCAUUUGUGACAAACCUGAAAAAGCCAGAACGCUCCUCGACCACGUGGAGAGGAGAGAAACGCCGGGUCUCAGCUCCAUCAUCCUGAUGGACCCAUUCGAGAAGGAGUUGAUGGAGAGGGGAAGGCGCUGUGGGGUCCGCAUCCAGGCCAUGCAGGAGGUGGAGGACUGCGGCCGGGAGAGUCGACAUGUGCCUGUGCCUCCUCGACCAGAAGAUCUAUCAAUUGUCUGUUUUACUAGUGGCACUACAGGAAACCCCAAAGGUGCUAUGCUGACUCACGGGAACGUGGUUGCCGAUUUUUCGGGCUUUUUGAAAGUGACGGAGAGUCAGUGGUCUCCUACUUGUGAGGAUGUACACAUUUCCUAUUUGCCUUUAGCACACAUGUUUGAGAGAAUGGUACAGUCCGUAGUGUACUGCCACGGGGGGCGGAUUGGGUUCUUCCAAGGAGAUAUCCGCCUCUUAUCUGACGACAUGAAAGCUCUGCGUCCCACCAUCUUCCCCGUCGUGCCGCGGCUGUUAAACAGGAUGUACGACAAGAUCUUCAGCCAGGCAGACACCUCCCUGAAGCGCUGGGUUCUGGAGUUUGCCGCCAAGCGGAAAAAAGCAGAAGUUCGAAAUGGGAUCAUCAGAAACGACAGCCUGUGGGACAAGCUGUUCUUCAAUAAAAUACAGGCGAGCCUCGGCGGCUGUGUCCGCAUGAUAGUGACCGGCGCUGCCCCUGCCUCUCCCACCGUCCUGGGCUUCCUGCGGGCGGCCCUCGGGUGCCAGGUCUAUGAAGGUUACGGCCAAACAGAGUGCACAGCUGGGUGCACCUUCACCACCCCAGGUGACUGGACGUCAGGUCACGUAGGAGCUCCUUUGCCCUGCAACUUAAUCAGACUGAAGGAUGUGGAAGAGCUGAAUUAUUUUGCUUCCAAAGGAGAAGGAGAGAUAUGUGUGAAAGGACCGAAUGUUUUCAAGGGUUAUCUGAAAGAUGAGGAGAAGACAACUGAAGCACUGGACCAGGAGGGCUGGCUUCACACUGGAGACAUUGGGAAAUGGUUACCUAAUGGGACUCUUAAAAUUAUUGACAGGAAAAAGCAUAUAUUUAAACUUGCUCAGGGAGAAUAUAUUGCACCGGAGAAGAUAGAGAAUAUCUAUAUCCGUAGUGACCCUGUUGCCCAGAUCUAUGUCCAUGGAGACAGCCUGCAGGCCUUUCUGGUGGGAAUUGUGGUGCCAGACUCUGAAGUUAUGCCAGGAUGGGCAAAGAAAAGAGGGUUUGAUGGAACAUACUCAGAACUCUGUAAAAACAAGGAACUGAAGCAAGCAAUAAUGGAAGACAUGGUACGGUUAGGUAAGGAGAGUGGACUUCACUCCUUUGAGCAGGUAAAAGCCAUUUACAUUCACUCUGAUAUGUUCUCAGUACAAAACGGUUUGUUGACACCGACGUUAAAGGCUAAGAGACCAGAACUGAGAGAUUACUUCAAAAAACAAAUAGAAGAGCUAUAUUCCAGCAUCUCCAUCUGA